AUGGAGUACCCGCUCGCCCAUUCUCAUCUCCUCCUUAAGCGUCUCCUCGCCCUCAACAAGCCCAAGUCGCUUGCGCCAGCGUUUCACUAUGUGUACAUGCUCGGGGAGGUCUCUCAGUGCCGCCACGACACCGACCGCGAACUUCCCUUCCGCCAGGAAGCCAACUUUGCGUGGCUUUCGGGCUGCGAUGUGCCCGGCAGCGCUUUGACGAUCGCGUACGAGCACGAGGGCGGCGAGGAGGUUGACCCGAGCAAGGUCCAGACCCGCCUCUGGCUUCCCGACAUUGACGACGCCGAGGUGAUGUGGUGUGGACUCCCUCCUUCGCCUGAGGACCUCGCGAAGGACAUCAAGCUUACGUCCAUCCAGCGCGGAUGGACCGCUCCUGCGCUCUACCCUCCCAAGCCGGCCAACACGGCCCCGCCGACUAUCCUUCACACCCUCCCGAACGUCCGCCCGCCCACCUCCGUGAUCGCCUCGAUCAACGGUCCCUCGCACACCACCGACUACCUCUUGAAGGCGCUGCACGAGGCGAGGCGGAACAAGUCCCCGCGGGAGAUCGAGUUGAUGAAGAGGGCGAGCGAGGUCACGGCUGGCGCGCACCGGGAGUUGAUGCGCUUGGUCGGGUCCGGCGCGAUCAAGGACGAGAACGCUGCCGAGGCAGAGUUCGUCGCGUAUUGCAGGAGGAAUGGCGCAAAGUACCAGGCGUACAUGCCCAUCGUUGCGGCGGGAACUUCGGCCGGCACGCUCCACUACGUCGACAACGACCGCCCCUUCCCCUCUCAGCCUCCUACCCUCCUCCUCGUCGACGCCGGCGCAGAGUGGCGCAACUACGCUGCAGACGUCACCCGCUGCAUUCCCAUCGGUAACGGCGGCAGGUUCACGAGGGAGUGCCGCGAUAUCUACGAGACGGUCCUGGCGAUGCAGGAGGAGGCUUUCAAGCUCAUCAAGCCUGGAACGGACUGGGAGGCGAUCCAGCGAUUGAUGCACGACGUCCUCGCUCGUCGCCUUCUCCGCAUCGGCAUCUUCAAGGCCGGCCCGCUCGGUAACGCUUCCGAAGACGAGGUUGUCGCGAAGCUCAUCUCCGAAGGCCUCACCUCCGCCUUCUACCCUCACGGUGUCGGGCACCUCCUCGGUAUCGACGUCCACGACGUCGGCGGUCUCCCGCAAGGCAAGUCAACGGAGCCGCUCCUCAAGUACCUCCGCCUGCGUGUGCCGCUCGAAGAGGGCUUUGUCGUCACGGUCGAGCCGGGCUGCUACUUCAACGAUCACCUCUUUGCGCCGUUCAAGAACAGCGAGUUUGUCGACCACGCCAAGCUGCAGCAGUACCGCUACGUUGGCGGCGUCCGCAUCGAGGACAACCUUCUCGUCACCAAGACUGGCUUCGAGAACCUCACUCCUUCAUGGCUUCCCAAGACUGUGGCCGACAUCGAGAGCGUCACGACCGGACAGUCUGCCUAA